UGUUCCUUCAGUUUUUUCUUUGUUCUUAUACUCCACAGAUAAGUGAAAUCAUUUGAUACUUGUCUUUCUUUGCCUGGCAUAUUAGGAAAUAUUUUAAUUGCUGACUUUUGUAUUUGUUUUCAGGCAUCCUGGCAUAAUACAAAGAACAGGUUCAAAUCCUAGCUCUGCUAUUGCCUAGCAGAAUAACCCUGGGCAAGUUUCCUGAGCUCUGUAAACUAUGAAGUGAAGAUAAUAAAAAGUAGUGGGAGCAUUAGAUGGAAUAAUUGUAAAGUGCACAGCCCUAGCUGUGCCCUAGCACAGUGGUGCUCAACGAAAGUUUGUUACCUUCCAACAAUGGUGAGUUAUUCAGUGAAUGACGCAAUGUGAUUUUUUAAUUUUGGGAAUGUAAAACUUACCAUUUAUACCCAUUUCCAAUGUAAUCUUUUUAAACUCUGAGAAAUUUUAUAUAAAUGCUUUCUGAUUCUUGAGUUUGGAAAAUGAGGUCAACUCUAGUGUGGAUUGUGAAGCCUCUUGCCCAGGGUGCUGCAGAUCUGAGCCCUGAAAAUAAGGGUUAGAAGGGAUCUUGGGCACAGCUGAAUGGCUCUGAGCAUUUGACCUCACUUUGGUUUCCAGCCUGGGAAGAGCUGAUAGGAUCCAGCACUUUCUUAUAGGAUGAGCAAAGGGCAGAAAUUUGAAGUUAGGCAUCCCUGGGUUCUCAGCUGGCCUCCAAGGCACCCUCCUCCCACUUUGCAGAGAAGAGAGGAGGUGGUUGAACAGAGGAGGAUAUGAGAUUGGCUUUCUGCUCCUCCCUCUCUCUCCCUGCUUUUCCCCACACCCAUCCUCUCCCCCACAGCAGCUGUCUCCCCCACUGAGACUGGGGAGAGGGAGGGGGGCGGAGUUGGGGACUGAAGGACCAGAAGCCCCACAGUACUCUGUAUCUGAAGGUAGCUCUGGCCUGGGGCAGCUGUGCGGCUCAUGUUCCCCUUCUGCUGCUCCUCCAGCACGAUGCUGGGGACUCUGGGCUUUUGGGCACUGCUUCCUGGAGCUGUGCAAGGUAGGUUUCUGCAGAGAGGGGCAGGGUCCUUCCACCUACCCACUGGAAAGGGGCAUUGAAGCAACAGCCACCUCUUUAGAAGAGUGGUGAGUGGGUGGGUGAGUGAGGGCCAAAGGCAGAGCCAUGUGUCCCCCUGGUGGGGUCAGGUUCCAGGCCUCUACUGACCCAAUUUCCUUCUGUGGCUUUACCAUACCAGCUCUGGGAUAUGAAAAAUGUUUUGUCUCUCCUUUUGGCUGUUGUUUUUGCCCCAUCUUGAACUUUCCCCUUUCCCCAUCUUGGGCCACAGCACUCCCAAGCAGGCGGACCUGUGUGUUCUUUGAGGCCCCUGGAGUUCGGGGAAGCACAAAGACACUGGGGAAGCUGCUAGAUGCAGGACCAGGGCCCCCCAGGGUUAUCCGCUGCCUCUACAGCCGUUGCUGCUUUGGGAUCUGGAACCUAACCCAAGACCGGGCACAGGUGGAGAUGCAAGGAUGCCGAGACAGUGAUGAGCCAGGCUGUGAGUCCCCCUACUGUGACCCAAGCCCCCGAGCCCACCCCAGCCCCGUCUCCACUCUCUUCACCUGCUCCUGUGGCACUGACUUCUGCAAUGCCAAUUACAGCCAGCUGCCUCCUCCGGGGAGCCCUGGGACUCCUGGCUCCCAGGGUCCCCAGGCUGUCCCAGGCGAAUCCAUGUGGAUGGUGCUGGCGUUGCUGGGGCUGUUCCUUCUCCUGCUUCUGCUGCUGGGCAGCAUCAUCUUGGCCCUGCUACCACGAAAGGCCCACAGAGUACGAGGUGGGCCAGAGCCAGAGCUAGAGCCAGAGCCAGAGCCAGACUUAGGCAGCGACUGGAGUGCAGAGCUGCCAGAGCUGCCGGAGCUGUGCUUCUCCCAGGUAAUCCGGGAAGGCGGUCACGCUGUGGUGUGGACUGGGCGGCUGCAAGGCGAGCUGGUAGCCAUCAAGGCCUUCCCCCUGAGGGCUAUGGCCCAGUUCCAAGCUGAGAGAGCCUUGUAUGAGCUGCCAGGCCUGCAGCACGACCACAUUGUCCGCUUUAUUACUGCCAGCAGGGGGUGCCCUGGCAUCUUGCCCUGUGGGCCUCUGUUGGUACUGGAACUGCACCCCAAGGGCUCCCUAUGCCACUACUUGACCCAGCACACCAGUGACUGGGGAAGUUCCCUGCGGAUGGCACUGUCCCUGGCACAGGGUCUGGCAUUUCUCCAUGAAGAGCGCUGGCAAGAUGGCCAAUAUAAACCAGGUAUCGCCCACCGAGAUCUGAGUAGCCAGAAUGUGCUCAUUCGGGAGGAUGGAUCAUGUGCCAUUGGAGAUCUGGGCCUUGCCUUGGUGCUCCCUGGCCUCGCUCAGCCCCCCACCUGGGCCCCUACCCAACCCCGAGGCCCAGCUGCCAUCAUGGAGGCCGGCACCCAGAGGUACAUGGCGCCAGAGCUCUUGGACAAGACUCUGGACCUGCAGGACUGGGGCACAGCCCUCCGGCGAGCUGAUGUCUACUCUCUGGCUCUGCUCCUGUGGGAGAUCCUGAGCCGCUGCCUGGAUUUGUGCCCUGACAACAGACCGCCACCCUUCCAAAUGGCCUAUGAGGCAGAACUGGGUAGCACUCCCACCAGCUGUGAGCUGUGGACCUUAGCAGUGGAGGAGAGAAGGCGCCCCUACAUCCCUUCCACCUGGUGCUGCUUUACCACAGACCCUGGUGGCCUGAGAGAGCUCCUAGAGGACUGUUGGGAUCCAGACCCAGAAGCACGGCUGACAGCUGAGUGUGUACAGCAGCGCCUGGCCACACUGGCCCACCCUCAGAAGGCCCACCCCUUUCCAGAGGUCUGUGCACACAGCUGCCCACCUCCCUGCCCAGAAGACUGUUUCUCAACUCCUCCCUGCCACCAUUCUCCCUCGUAGGCCUCAGCUGAGUGUCUGCCACUUCAGUGUUCAGCAAGGCCCUUGUUCCAGGAUCUCCAAACUGCCUGUACCAUUUCUUACGUGUAAAUAUGCAGCUUUUGCGUGAUCUAUAUACAUGCCAAUAUAAACAUGGUGCCUUUCUGCUCUGCCUUACCACUGCCUUUCCUACUUGCUGAAUUCUCGAUCCUUCUGUGGGCAUUCGGUUCACUGCAGUUUUGGCCAAUGACUGGGGGCAGGUGUACACAGGAAAGACAGCUUUCCUGAUGCUCUGUCCUUGGGCGCCUUUCUCCCUCCUGGGACCCUGAGCUCCUCCCGUCUCUCUUCUUUUCCUUCUCUUCCACAAGCUUUUUUUGGCAGGAUAUCAUGCUAGGCACUGGGGAAGGGAGGAUGAAUACAAUGUAAUUGCUGCUCUGAAGGUUCUCAGAGACUCACUUUGUUGGGGUCCUGUACAAUGUCCUAGGGGAGUGUCCUUUCCUGAGGCUUGAGUGGGAAGGCCUCACAGCACAGGAUGCUUGAGCUAGGUCUUGAAUGGACAGUUUUCCAGGAGUGUAGGGUGUGCGGUGGCAGGACCCAACUCCUGCAUUUGCCUCUGGGCCACCUAUUCUUCCCCAAUCUCGGUUAAACACCUCUCUCUAAAUAAUCUUUAAACACACUUUUAUUAUGUCUUGCUUCUGCUCAACAGUCUGAUUGCCUUUCCCAUGACAAACCUGUGAGUACCAUUUAUAGAGAAAGAAACCAAGGAAUCAAGAGAAGUUUAGAAAUAUAUCCAAGAUCACAGAUUUAACAGAGCAGGAAUUUUCAGCCAUUAAAAAUGAUGUUGUUACAAUGCCAUAAAUUAUUACAAAUGGAUAAUGUCACAUGAAAAGAAUAUACACAUAUAAGCUGACAAGUCUAGGGUUAUGUUAGGUUAGAAAUAAAUGUAUGAUCACAAGGUAAACACACAAAUCCCGAUAGAGGGUCAUUUUACAAAAUACCCAACUGGUAUUCCUCAAAACUAUCAAGAUCAUCAAAACCAAUUCUGAGAAACUGUCACAACCUAGAUGAGCCUAAGGAGACAUGACAAGUAAAUGUAAUGUGAUUUCCUGGAUAAGGUCUUAGAAUAGAAUGGACAUUGAGUGAAAACUAAAGAAAUCUGAAUAAUGUAUGGAGUUUAGUUCAUACUCAUGGAUCAUUAAGGUAAUGAACAUACCAUACUAAUGUAAGAUGUUAAUAAUAGGGGGAAUGAUUGGGGGAAUGGAGUGUGGAAUAUGAAAACUCUAUAUUCCCUUCUCAAUUUUUCUGUAAAUUUAAAACUGUUCUAAAAAAAUAAAGCUUAUUAAGCAAACAAAUGAUGGCCAUCUCCAAAACUUCAGAGAGGCCAUAAAUACAAAGAACCAAAGGAGAGUUGUGGUAAGCAUUGCAAUGUUUACUUGCUGUGUUUUUGAGUGGGUGUGUUGUGAGAUGUUAUACUGAAGGGAUCACUAACAUAACAGCUAGAAAACCCAGAUUAUAAUCUUAGCUUUCCUAGCUGUAAACUCUUCUACUUAUUUAAUUUUUUCACAAAGUUGAAUAAAUGAUUCUCUAAGUCAUUUCCAACCCUAUGAUUCCAAUUCUAUGGUUCUAUGAUAAAUGAUUAAAGUUCCAGUUGUGAAGAUUACUUGACCAAAAUCUAGUGUUUACCUACUAUGGUAUUGCCAUGAUUAGUGAUCCCAUGCUUAUGGAGAUGCAAUAUAGAUGCUAAUAAGCUUUUUAGAAACUGGAAAACAUAACUAUAAAUAGAGAUGGACUCUUGAGAGGAAAGCUGUGUGAAUGAAAAUGGGUAGUGGAAAGUGGAAAGAAGACUGAUUUUUUUGUUGUUGUUUACUGCCUACCUUUUUUAAAAUUUCUUGAAUUUUGAACUCUGUUUUUUUCUAUUAAAAUUAGAUAUUUACUUAUUAAUUAAAAAGUUCUAAGCCUAGAAAAAAGACUAGGGGGAAAUGCCAAAUAUUAACGGUAAUGAUUCUGUUUGGGUGAUGGGACCUCAAAAGUAAUUUGCUUUUUCUUUCUACUUUCCUGUACUUUUCCAACUUUAAUUCUCAUAAUUACUUAAAGAAUGUAGGAAAAGCAUGCAAUCCACCAGGAAAUAUUCUUUGAAAAACCACAUGUGACUUGACAUUUCCUCCCUUUGGCACUUAUGAACACAACUUGUAGCAUAUUUUGUGCUUUAGUGAUACAUUGUUUGCUGAAGUUAUUUCAUUUGUGAGCUUCGUUUUCUCACCUAGACUGUAACUGAAAGCACGGAGGGUGUGAAGGAACAUAUUUUAUAUUCCUCUGGUUUCUUUAGAGCACCUAGUUCAGGACCCUGCCACAUAGCCUGGUGGACUGGAUGGAGUCCUGGGUUCCUGACCUGAAUCUGCCACUAACUAGGGUAGAACCUGCCAUAAGCCACUUCUCUUUUCUGAGCCUCAUUUUUUUUUUUUGAGAGGGCAUCUCUCAUAUUUAUUGAUCAAAUGGUUGUUAACAACAAUAAAAUUCUGUAUAGGGGGGUCAAUGCUCAAUGCACAAUCAUUAAUCCAUUCUGAGCCUCAUUUUUAUCUGUUCAUAGAAGGUGCCAUUCCCUUUGGAUGUGCUAAGGCAUUUUCAAUGUUUACUGGCCAGUAGACCUGAUAGGAAAAGUAUGAAGACCUCCUGGAGUGACACAUAUUUGAUCCAGAGCCAUAGUUUUAUGACAUAAAACUGAAGUUUAGAUACCUGAAGUUCUCAGAAAGCAGAUGACAUGUGUCUAAUGCUGCUUUGUAUUUCUAUGGUGCCUAUAGGAAUAUAGGUCUAGGGAAUAUCUACACAAUCUUCCAUAUCUUCAGCCUCUUCUCUGAACAUCCCCCUCACCUUCUUCCACCCAUUAAAGUGAACCUUGUUUUUCCUGGAGUGGUAGCUGCCUUUUCUUUCACAUGCCCUAAAGGAGGAGAGAUAUUUUCCUUUCUGUCUGUUGUUACUUCCAAACAUUUCUCCAUCUUUCUCCAAAACCCAAAGCCUCUCUGAAAUGCCGUCAGACCACACGACUUGCCACUCCAUCUCCUGAUCAUUUACAUGCCUCUGGGUCACUCCUCCGUAUGUGCUGAACAUUUCAGCAUUUGGCUCUAAGUCUUUUUCUUUUUAUCACUAUUUUUGUUAUCAUUCUUGGUGACUUUAGUCACUAUGCAGAUAAUCUAUUUAAUCCUUUCACUUGACUUUUUUACUUCCAACACGAUUUUCCUCCACUAUCUCAGCCACCAAGGUCUGUUUCAAACAUUCCACUUUCUGUUUACCAACUCCUACCUUUUUAGCUGACUUACUCUGGAGAGCCUGCAUUGGGAUAGCCUGUCCAUUGACCCUGCCACUUUUUCACUGUCUGCCACCCUUUUAUAUUAUUCCCUCCUUAUUUGUUUUAUUUUACAUUGUCUGUCACCAUAAUCACUACCAUGCAUGUACUCUUGACAGCCUUGUUCCUCUUUCUCUUUUACUUUCUUGUAUUUUCCAGGUAAACCUCACCCAAGUUAAAUGCAGUUAUUUUUCCAUUCCACAGCUGUACAUUUAACUGGAGGAAAUCACCACCUGUCCUGGUCUUAUGUACAGUCCACAAACCUCACGGGAACCCUCCAUACUGCCCAGCAAUCCUACUAACACUUCCCUACUCAAUUCGUAUGCCCACUUCUGAGAUGACCGUUUCUAACCUUCUCCCCCUGGCCCUAUUAGCUGAUAAUCUUUCUCUUAUCUCCCUGGAGAAAAAAAAAACAGAAGUAAUCAGCAAAAAAUGGUCACAUCUUCCCAACCACUAAUCUACCAACACAUUUGCAUCUGGACCUGCAGACUCUGAUUUCCCUCCUGUUACAAUAAUAAGAGCCAACAUGUAUACAGGGCAUACUAUAUACCCAGCCAGUGUUCUGAGUCCUUCACAUGUAUUAUUCACAUGUAUUAGGUUAUGUAAUUCUCACAAUGAGUUAGUUAGGUAUUAUUAUCAUCCUCUGUUUUAUGAUAGAGAAAUGGAGGCAUGGGAAUUUCUUUUCAGAUACCUUGUCUGGGGUCACACAGUCAGUAGUCUGGGUCCAGAGCUCAUUUUCUCAACCCUACACUGUACUAAGUGAACUGUCCUAUCUGAGGUCAGUGGCUUUACUCUGCUUUUCCUGAUCACUAAGGAAUUUGCUCCUUCAAUUAUCCUUACUUUCUCCAGCAACAUCAUUUUUUCUCUAAGAAUACUGGAUUAUUCCCAUCAGUUUACAAAAAUGCUUUAAACUCUCCCAUCUUCAAAAGCCCUUCUUACACUGGGCAUCCUCUUAAUGAUUACUGCUCCAUUCUCUGCUUUCUUAUUCACCAGCAUUUGGAAGAAUUACUUUUACUUGCUGUCUUCACUUUUUCACUUCUCAUUCUGUCUUCUGUUUGUUCAGACAAAAUUUCAUCUCUACCAUGUAAUUAAAACUGUUUUUAAAAAGUUCAUUAUCCUUGGAAAAUCCAAUGGCCAAUUCCCAGGCUUCAUCCUAUGUAAUUUAUCAGCAGCAUCUGACUCCUUUGAUAGCUUCCUCCUUGAAUCCUUUCUUUAUACUCUGUUCUGAUUUUCCCCCUCAUCACUGGCCACUAAUUCUGUAUCCUUUGCUCCUUCCUCUUCUCUUCCCAAUUUCUAAACAUUGGCAGGUUCUAGGUCAAGUGCUGGGCCCUCUUUAGUAGUCUGGCCGCACUUUCCCCUUAACUGACUUCAUCUGGCUCCUCAGCUUUAGGCACCUUGAUAACUCUCAAUUUUUUUUUCUGCUUUAGGCCAAAUCACUCCUUGAGCUCCAGAUUGCCAAAUUCAACUGCUUUCUUAAUAUCUCCACUUGGAUACCUGAUAGGCAUCCUCAAAUUAACUUGCCCAUAUGUACUCACAUCUGUUCCUUCCCCAUCUUUCUUAUUUCAGUAAAUGACACCAUUAUUUCCCAGAUGCUCAUUGUCCUUGGGUUCAUCCUUCAUUUCUUUGUUUCUCUCACACCCCACAUCCAGUCCAAAUUUGCUAAGCUCUACCUUCAAAAAUCCAGAGUCUGACCAUUCCUGAUUAUCUCUAUAAUUUCCAUCCAGGACACCACCAUUCCUCCUAACUGGGCUGCUGCUUCCACUUUAACCAUCUCUCCCUAUCCAGUUCUUUCACCACACAGUAGCCAGAAUUAAAAAAAAAAAAAAUUUAACCAUUUUUAAGUGUGCAGUUCAGAAGCAUUAAGUGCAUUCAUAUUUGCUGUGCAACCUUGACCACCAUCCAUCUCCAGCACUUUUUAUUCUUUCCAAACUGAAAUUCUGUGCCUAUUAAACAAUAAUUCUCCAUUCUCCACAGCCUCCAGUCCCUGGCAAUUACUUCCUGUCUCUAUGAAUUUGAUUACUUGAGGUAGUUCAUAUAAGUGGAAUCUUACAGUAUUAGUCCUUUUGUGUCUGGCUUAUUUCACUUAGCAUAAUGUCCUCACGGUUCAUCCAUGUUGUAGCAUGUAUCAGAAUUCUCUUUCUUUUUAAGGUUGAACUGAAUUCUAUUCCACUGUAUGCAUAUACCACAUUUUGUUAUCCAUUUGAUGGACAUGUGAGUUUUUCCCAUUUUGGGCUAUUAUGAACAAUACUUCAAUGAACAGUGGUUUACAGAAUUAUUAUUUUUUAAAUGAAAAUCAGACCAUGUCAUUUCCCUGCUCAAAGUUCUCCAGAGGCUUACAAUCAUACUUGGAAUAAAAUCUGAACUCUUUUCCAUGCCUUACGAGAAUCUAUAAAUACUUCCACUGCAGCUCCUCUCCUUACUUUGAUUCAUUUUCCCACAUAGUAAACACUGCUAUCUGACAUUUUAUGAUAUAUUCCUUUCUAUUCUGCUCUCGCAUCAGGAUAUUACCUCCAUGAAGGCAAAGGCUUUUAUCUAUUGUGUUUUCUCUAUCUUCAGAAGUACCUGGCUAGUUUGAGUUGAAUUUGUUAAAUAAAUGAAUGACGGGUGCAUUACUUAAUUGUUUUUAAAUUAUCUGAGUUUAAAUAUGAGGAAGAAUUUCCCAAGUAGCAAGUAGCAGAAGAGAAAAGUGAAGGAUAUUGGCAAUCUGUGAGGGUCCUGUAGGGAGGUUAAUAUUAUCCUGAUCUAAUAGUAAUAAUUCUUAAUGAGAAUCAUGAUAGUAAUCCAUACAGUGGCAUAUUAUUCAGUACUUCCUUUAUAAAAGAGAAUGUAGUAUUAGGAAAUACUGAAAAUAUUAUGCUAAUUGAAAGAAGCCAGUCACAAAAGGGCACAUAUUAUACAAUUUUCCAUCUAUACUAAGUGUCUAGAUAGGUACAUUUAUAGACAAAAGGUUGAGUAGUGCUUGCUUAGGGCUCGGGUAGGGUAGGAGACAGGUAGGGAGGGAAUGAGGAUUGACUACUUAAGGUUAUGGGAUUCUUUUAGGGGGGACAAAAAUGUUCUAAAAUUAGAUAAUGGUGAUGGUUACACAAUGCUCUAAAUAUGCUAAAGACCAAUGAAUUGUACACUUUAAAUGGGUGAAUUGUAUGGUAUAUGAACUAUAUCUCAAUAAAGCUGCUUUAAAAAAAAGGAUAGUUUGAAAUAUUUAACUUGGAAAAGGCAUCAUGCCCAUACAGAGUUCAAUAAUUUAUUUCAAAACUCAAUAAUCUUCUAAGAAACAAAUA